GAUUUAAGAUAAGAAGUAGAAAGAGAGAAAAAGAAAAGAGUAAAGUAAUUAUGGAAGAACGAUCAUUGAAUUCAAUUAUGGAGGCAUUUUUAUCUAAAGAUAAUAUUUGAUUAGCAUAAGAAUUUGCAAAGACAUACAAAAUUCCAGAAAGAAGGUAAUUUUUAUAAAUAUAUAUGAAAUUAGAUUUAAUAUAACAAGAGUAAAAUCAUUAAUUAAUAAUAAGAAUUGGGAAGAGUUGGAAAGAUUUAUAAAUGAAAAAAAUAAAAAGAAUGUUUCAAUUCCUUAUGAAUUAGUUGGAGAUAUGUUAAUUAGAGCAGAUUAGGAAGAGAGAGGUUUACAAAUGAUAAUGAAAAUGCCAGAUCCAGAAGUAUUAUAUUAUUCAAUAUAUUAGGAAUCUUGUUAUAUGCUAUUAAAAAUUGGAUAAUAACGUCAUGCAGUUUAAGUAGCAAUAAAUAACAAAAAGUCACAAUUAAUACAAGAUAUAAGACAAUCAAUAAGUGAUAAUUAAGCUAAAGAAUAACUUGAAAUGUACUUAAGUUAAAAUGAUAAAUGA